GGCACGUGUAUUAAAGCGAGGUCUGCGCCGCCCAAGUCGCUCAGUGACUGUGUGUUCUCUCUCGCCGUCAACCACGCCAUGAGGAGGAUACUGAAAGUCUGGAGGAGCAUGCUGCCGCUGCUGUCGAGGGUGCUCAGCCCGGGGGCGCUGGCGCGCCGGGUGCCGGUGCUGGCGUGGCUGCCGCGCUACUCGCUGGAGGACGCCGUGUCGGACCUGGUGGCCGGCGUCACCGUGGGCCUCACGCUCAUGCCGCAGGCCAUCGCCUACGCAGCGCUCGCCGGCCUCGGCCCGCAGUACGGCCUCUACUCGGCGUUCGCCGGCAGCUUCGUGUACAUCCUGUUCGGCACAUGCAAGGAGGUGAACAUCGGGCCCACGGCGCUCAUCUCGCUGCUGACCUUCAACUACACCCACGGCUCCAACCCCGACUUGGCGGUGCUGCUGUGCUUCCUGUCGGGCUGCGUGGAGCUGCUGUGCGGCCUGCUGCACCUGGGGUUCCUGAUGGAGCUGGUGUCAGUGCCCGUGGUGAGCGGCUUCACCUCGGCGGCCGCCCUCAUCAUCGCCAGCUCGCAGCUCAAGGGCCUGCUGGGGCUGCGCUACAGCGCCGAGAGCUUCGUUGAGGCGUGGCGCCAGCUGUUCCUCAACAUCUCCAGCAUCCGGCUGCCCGACCUCGCACUCAGUGCCUGCUGCGUCACUGCGCUGCUGCUGCUGCGGAAACUGAAGGACGUGCGGCCGGGUGGCAAGAACCAGUCGCGGCGGCAGAAGGUGCUGGGGAAGGUGCUGUUCUUCGUGUCGACGGGCCGGAAUGCCAUGGUGGUGGUCGUGUGCGCCGCCGCGGCCUACUUCUUCAGCACCCGCGGCACGCCGCCCUUCCUGCUCACAGGCAGGAUCCAGCCGGGGCUGCCGCCGGUGGCGCCGCCCCCCUUCUCGACGGCCGUGGGCAACACCACGCUGGGCUUCCUGGACAUGUGCAGGCAGCUGGGCAGCGGCAUCGGCGUGGUGCCCGUCGUGUCCAUCCUGGGCAACGUGGCCAUCGCCAAGGCCUUCACCACGGGCAUGCGGCUGGACGCCACCCAGGAGAUGAUCACGCUAGGGCUGUGUAACAUCGCCGGCAGCUUCGUGAGGUCCAUGCCAGUCACCGGCUCCUUCUCCCGCAGCGCCGUCAACAACGCCUCGGGGGUGCGCACACCGAUGGGCGGCCUCUACACAGGGAUCCUGAUCGUGCUGGCGCUGAGCCUGCUGACGCCGUACUUCUACUUCAUCCCGAGAGCCACGCUGUCGUCCGUCAUCAUCUGCGCUGUCAUCUUCAUGGUGGAGGUGUCGACUGUGUCGGCUCUCUGGAAGACCAGCAAGCGAGACCUGGUGCCCGCCCUGGUCACCUUCGUGGCGUGCCUGGGACUGGGCGUGGAGGUGGGCAUCCUCGUCGGCAUCGCCGUAGAUGUCUGCUUCCUGGUCUACUUCAACGCCAGGCCGAAGGUCGCUGUCGAGAGGGCUGUGUGCCCCGGGGGACCCGAGUACCUGCUGGUGACGCCGGCUGGGGGCCUGCUGUUCCCCGCCGCGGAGUUCCUGCGCGACGCCGUGGCGGCGGCGGGGGGGAGCGACCAGGCGGUGGUGCUGAGCUGCCGCCACGUGCAGCGGCUGGACUUCACAGCGGCCCAGGGCGUGGCGAGCAUCGCGCGCGACCUGGCGGCUCAGGGGCGCCGCCUGGUGCUGGGGGACGUGGCCCCCGAGGUGGCGCGCACCGUGGCGGCGGCAGCCCCUCCCGGGCUGCUGGCGCUGGCCAGCGACGAGCUGCAGCUCUGGGACCUGCUCAGAGGCUGGAGUCUCGAGCUGCCGGGCGGACACGGGCGUCCCGACGCCAAGCUUGACCUGGGGAGCGUCGAGACGCCAGAGCUGGACCACACGAGGGUCUGAGCCGUCGCCCUCCGCCACGUGUGCAUUGGUAGCACUGCAUCUCGCCUGGGAGUCUGCUUCCACCCGGUGUUGGCAGCACUGCGUCUCACCUGAGUCUGCUUCAAUGUCGUGUUGGCAGCACUGAAUCUCACCAGGAGACUGCUUCCACGCGGGGUUGCCAACACUGCGUCUCACCUGGGAAACUCUUCCACGCGGCAUUGGCAGCACUGCGUCUCACCUGGGAAACUCUUCCACGCGGCAUUGGCAGCACUGCGUCUCACCUGGGAAACUCUUCCACGCGGCAUUGGCAGCACUGCGUCUCACCUGGGAAACUCUUCCACGCGGCAUUGGCAGCACUGCGUCUCACCUGGGAUACUCUUCCACGCGGCAUUGGCAGCACUGCGUCUCACCUGGGAAACUCUUCCACGCGGCAUUGGCAGCACUGCGUCUCACCUGGGAAACUCUUCCACGCGGCAUUGGCAGCACUGCGUCUCACCUGGGAAACUCUUCCACGCGGCAUUGGCAGCACUGCGUCUCAUCUGAGAGUCUGCUUCCACGUCGUGUUGGCAGCACUGAAUCUCGCCAGGGAGAUGCUUCCACGCGGCGUUGGCAGCACCGCGUCUAGCCUGAGAGACCGCUGCCAUGUGUGCAUUGGCAACACUGAGUCUCCUGAUCGCCUUCCACGUCAUCACUUGCUGCGUAUACACUAAAUACCUACGAACAAUGAACUUUAUGGUGCUAGAAUAUUUUUUUUUGUGUCAAUCUUGAUUUGUAUGUAUUAGUAGAAGUUUUAUUUUUUUUUUAAAUUCGUACAUCAAUAGUUAGUUUUCUACUGUUACAUACCUAUGACACACAUAAAUUUAAAUAAGACCUUGGGUACAGUUUACCAAGCCAGUUGCAAAUCACGCGUAUUUUGUAUUUUCGCAGAGCAAAUUGAUUCACUAAGUAGGUUUUUACUAGUAGAUAGUAAUAGUUACUGUACUUCUGAUGGAUGGCAGAUGCUGAUAGAUAUAUAUAUUUAUAAACUGUAAAAACUAAAUAACCUAUUACAAAUUUGAACUCGCAGAGCACAACGUAGUUAUCUAUACGAUUAUAAUGGAUAUUGUUUUUAUGUGUUUUAGUUACGUAUUUGUUUUUCCCCCCAAUAAUCUCGCUUAUUACUGUACUCGUAGUAAUUCAUAGUAACUUUGCAUCUUAAACCGAAAACUUGCCACAAAAAGCUUGCAGUAAAGAUUAUAUUAAUGUAAGGUGAUAUAAUAAUAGGUUAUAAACAUGCGGGUAGUAACAGGAUCAACAUUUUUUUAAGCUUUUUCUCGAAACUUGGUAGCACUCAAGUUAAUCUCAUUAGCACCUUACUGCCUAGUACAAUUAAUAUUGAAAUCUAUAGGUAGGUAAUGUUUUUAAAAGUUAUUUAUGCCAUUGUGUCUAAAUUUUCCAACCAAAUGGACAUGUGGACCAGUAACUUAAUGUACUAUGUGAUAGAUUAUGUUUACGUGACAUGUACCUACUAUGUGAUAGAUUAUGUUUAUGUAUCACUUGUGUGUGCAAAUAAUGAUUUAAGUGUAUGUGUUCGAGAAAUGUAGGCUUUCUAGCCUGUGUGAUAUUAUAUUCUACUGAAAUGUCUACGAGAUAGAACAUUUUAUACUUUCGAAUAAUGAAGAUAAUGUCACUACAAUAUUUUAUUUUAGUUUCAUAUAGUAUUUAUAUAUGUUAAGUGUAUUGAAACAUGUGAUAAUGUUGCAGUAUUAAAUAUUUUUAAUAAAA